AGCUUCCAGGGCCUGAUGAGCCCUUCGUCUCCUUUCUGUUCCCUGUUUGGGCACUGGAGAUACGGCACGUCACAGGGCUUGUCUGCCUGUCCUUCCUCCCUUCCAUCCUUCCUCCUUCCUUCUUCCCUUCCUCUCCAAGACAAGGAAGUGGAGAAGUCACUUCCAGCAGCGGGCCCCCGGCUUGCCUUGGUCAGGGGGAGGAGGCUGGGGCUGCAGCUCGAGGCUUGGCAGAGGCGACCCGGGAGAUGGGGAGGCGGGCGCAGCGGACCCAAGGGUGGAGAAGAGGGAAGACGACGGACGCGCGUUCCCGGGCUCGUGACCGCUGGCGGCCCAGGAGCGGGAGCCCACACGGCCUCGCUGGCAGAGAUGGCAGGCGGCGGGGACGUGGGCGUCGCGGGCAGCCUCCACCUGCUGCUCCUGGUGGCCUGGGGGCUGAGUCGGAGUGCCACUGCCUGGACGGAGGAGAAGACUCAUCACCAACCAGCCAUUCUGAAUUCAUCUUCUCUUCGGGAAAUUGCGGAAGGCACCUAUAUUUCCGAAAUGUGGCAAAAUGACUUACAACCUUUGCUGAUAGAACGGUAUCCAGGAUCCCCUGGAAGCUAUGCUGCUCGUCAGCACAUCAUGCAGCGGAUUCAGAGACUUCAGGCUGACUGGGUCUUGGAAGUAGAUACAUUCUUGAGCAAGACACCCUAUGGGUUCCGGUCUUUUUCAAAUAUCAUCAGCACUCUUAACCCCACUGCCAAACGACACUUGGUUCUCGCCUGCCACUAUGACUCCAAAUAUUUUCCCCAUUGGGACAACCAGAUAUUUGUGGGAGCCACUGACUCAGCUGUGCCCUGUGCAAUGAUGUUGGAACUUGCUCGUGCCUUAGACAAGCAACUCCUUUCCUUGAAGAAUGUCUCAGAUUCCGAGCCAAGUCUGUCACUCCAGCUAAUUUUCUUUGAUGGGGAAGAGGCAUUCUUUCACUGGUCUCCUCAAGAUUCUCUGUAUGGGUCUCGACACUUAGCUCUGAAGAUGGCAUCAACCCCGCACCCACCUGGAGCGAGAGGCAGGAACCAACUUCAUGGCAUGGAUUUAUUGGUCUUGUUGGAUUUACUUGGAGCUCCAAAUCCAACAUUUCCCAAUUUUUUCCCAAACACUGCCCGAUGGUUUAAUAGACUUCAGGCAAUUGAACAUGAACUCCAUGAACUGGGUUUGCUCAAGGAUCAUUCUUUGGAGAGGAAGUAUUUCCAGAAUUUUGGUUCUGGAGGUAUUAUUCAAGAUGACCAUAUUCCAUUUUUAAGAAAAGGUGUUCCAAUUCUGCAUCUGAUACCAUCUCCUUUCCCUGAAGUCUGGCACACCAUGGAUGACAAUGAAGAAAAUCUGGAUGAGUCGACCAUUGACAAUCUAAACAAAAUCAUACAAGUGUUUGUGUUGGAAUAUCUUCAUUUGUAAUAUUUUGAUUUAGUUCAUUGUAAUUGCCUCUAUAUCAAAUUCAAAAGUCAAAACAUCAUUUAAAAUAAUCUGAUCUGUAAGUGUCUUUGAAUAUGUGAUCAAUGAGUCAUAGAAUUAUAUAUUUUCAAUUGCUCAUUAAUUUUUAUCUAGAGAUAAAAAGGGAACAUGUAAAGAAAACAAAACAAAUAUCUUUUGAAAACUCAUUUAGAUAAAGACUACAAAAUGAAACCAGAUUCACUUAUUCAAUACCAUAGACUUUCAAACAGUACUAAAUAUGAUGAUGGUGUGCAAUAUAUAGCCUUAGUUUUAUGAUUUUUUUCAUACUUGGGAAUCUAUUAUACAAUACAAAAUGGAGAUGUGCUUUGAAGGCUUUCAGCCUUCUUUGAGAAAUCUUCAUAGGGUUAAUUUUAAGGAAAUUAAAAUCAGAAUUAAAUGCCAUGUUGUGAAUUUCUUUUCAUAUACAUAUGUAUAGAUGAAAAAGUAUUUAAUGCCUAGUCCAAGUUUUAGUUUUACAACUUUAGCAUUUUAUUGUGAAAACAGUUUAGUAAAUAAAAAAAUCAUUAAAAAAUG